CAGGAUUUUUGGGCAUGAUACUAUACCCUAACCCUUAAUGAGUGAACUCUAGGUCCUAAUUAUCUAAAUCAUAAACUAUAAACUCUAAGAUGGUGCAUUGAUUUUUUUACCUGUAUUCGGACGAAUCAUAACCGUCGAUUAUUGUUUCUAAUUAAAUUGAUCUUCGGGUAUAAGAUUUAGAGAAUUAAGACCUAGAUGUUGAUCUUUAAGGGUUAGAGUAUAGUAUCAUGUCCGAAAGAUUAGUCAAUUCAAGUUCUAGAUAGCAUUUUCUUACUCAAGGUAUGCGGUACCCCGGAUUUCACCCGGGGUACCAUAGAACUCCCCAUAUAUAUAUAUAUAUAUAUAUAUAUAUGGUGGCGUUUUCAGUGCACCCACUUUUUUGGGUGCACUCAGUGCACCCGCCUCAUAAUUAUCAUUCUGAGCAUGAGUCCUUGUCAAAACGGUAUCAAUUGUUGCUUAUGAUAUUAUGAACAAGAAGCACAUGAAUUUGAAAAAAAAUCAUUCAAAAUUUACUUUAAUUUGAAAGAUUUAGGAUUUGGGGAUUUAGGGUUAGGGUUUAGGUUUACAAUUUGGAAAUUUGGGUUGGGAUUCUAAAUUGAAGGUUAAGAGGUUAGGGUAAUAGAUUGAUUUGUUAUGAUUCUAUCUCAUAUCAUCAUAUUAGAUUGAGAGUACUAAUUAAAAUUCAAAAUUUGAUGUACUAUGGACACUUUUAGAGUUGGGUGCACUGAGUGCACCCAAAAGAGUGAGUGCGCCGAAGUAGCCACCUAUAUAUAUAUGGCAUAACACGGCUACUAAUUACUAAUUACACAGACACUUAAACAUAGCUUUGAUAAAAUAUAAGUUGGUACUUUGAUAAAUUAUAAGUUGAUAAUUAUAUAUAGGGCAUAACGCUAAUAGCUAUUGUAAUAAAAACAGUGAAACGAUAUUGAUGUGAUUCUGUUUUGUUUUGCGCAGUCUAAAUUUGGCUAUAUAUUCCGGUUGAGCAUUUGCUACUUGUCUGUUAAGAAUGGUAAUUAAUGGGUGCAUUUGUCACGUAUUUGGAUACUAAUACCUGCUUCGUGGAAAGUCGAGUUCAGAUUAAGUAAUUUAUCAUGGGGCACGAAUCGAGGAAUAUCAACCUAUAUAGAUAUAUAAUUUAAAUAUAAAACAUUAAAAAUAUUUAUGUAUGUAGUUAAAUUAUUUCAGACAUUAUAGCUCUCAUCUAUUUGCAACUUUACUAUAACUAAAAUAUUAGGUAAGAAGAGUUAAAUUCUAACUAAUUAGAAUAAAAUUACAUGUUAUUUAGAUAAGAAAUGAUCAAAUAAGAGAAGGAUCAGGACAACUUAGGUCAAAUAGACCGCUCACGCCUUGCCUGUCUACGGUAGGAUAUUUGACGCUAGCCAGCUCUAUAUGUAGAAUCAGUAAAUUAAUCAGCUGAUCAUCAUAUUAUUCGACCAAAUCCUGGGUUCGAAUUUUGAGAACAACAACUAACUAACGAAAGAACGUUGUUUUCUGACAAUUUAACAAUGGUGGAGGGGAGGAAGCAUGAUCUAAUCAUAGUUUCUCAUCCCACAGCAAUUGAUGCGGCCGGUAGAGCCCUUAACCUAACGUUACUCUUUUGCAGAACAUUGCUCCGUCGCCGACAUAAGGUCGGCGGCGGAGUAAUGUUUUGCGAAGGAGCAGGAUGAGGGGCUCUACCGGCGGCAGAUCAAUUCUUGUGAGAUGAGAAACUAUGACUACGAUCAAUAGCCACCACCAUAUGACCAUUAUGAAGAUGCCCAUCUUUCACUACUUUAUAUUUGUACGCGCAUGAAUGACUAUUUCGACUAGACCCUUUUCAUUAGAUCCGUUUGACAUGUUUUGGAGCGUCUAAUAUCCUCCCGUAGGCGUGAGGAGUCUCUUUGACCUUAGUUGUCCUGAUCCUUCUCAUAUUUGAUCCAUACUUACCUAAAUCACAUGUAAUUUUACUAAAAUUACUUAUGAUUUAAUAUUUUAGUUAUAAUAAAGUUGUAAACAAGUGUGAGUUUCAAUUUUUCUAAUAAUUUAACUACAUUCACUACGUUAUAGUUUGUUUCUUGAUUUUCUUCAUGAAAAAUGAAUAUUUUUAAUGUUUUCUAUUUAAAUUUACAUAUCUAUGUAUAUGGGUUGACAUGCCUCGCAACUCGUGUCACUUAAAAAAUUACAUGAUCUGACGAACAAGGGCUUGACCUAGUGGUAAUACCACUAGCCUAGAACCUGGAGGUCCCAGAUUUGAAUCCCUUAAGUAGUACCUUAAUAACAACAAAAUAAAAAUUUAUAUCACCCUUAUAAAAAAAAUUACAUGAUCUGAAUCUAAAUUGCCACGAAACACAUAUUAGUAUCGAAAUACACGCCACUCCCCGCGAUUACCAUUCCUACUAGUGAGUUCACUAACAGACAAGGUACCAAAUGCUCGACCGGAUUAUAUAACCAAUUUUAGACGGCGCAAAACAAAACAGAAUCUCAGCAAUAUUGUUUCACUGUUUUUUGUAGAACUUUCACUGUUUUUUAUUACAAUAUAUGUAGUGAUAUAAUAAGGAAAAAAAAUUGAGUAAUUUACGUCAACAAAACUAUAGGAGGCAGAGAAUAUUCCUAGGAGAAGAUAAGGUUGUCGUCAUUGGAAUGGGUUUUGGUCGAUCGAUCACGACAAAGCCAAGGAAAAUAGAAACAAGAAGUGCGAUGCUAUGCCAAGAAUCCACCCGAGAAUAGAAAUUCAUUGAUAUUACUCAUCAGUUCAUUAAUUGUUACUAUAAAUACGUAGCAGCAGUGCACUCUCUGCAUAUAACCAACUUCCAUAAAGAAAGGAAGAAGAAGAAGCAGCUAAGCAACUAAUCAGCUAGCCAUGGCCAGUGCCAAGUAGUAGUGUUGCUAAUAAGUUGGCUGCAGUAGUCCCUCUUCUCAUUAUCAUCAUCUUUUCAGGUACAUACUAGUUAAAGUGUUGGGCAUGUGACUCGGACCUAGCCGUGCAAGGUAAGACGCGCCGACACAAGGCGCGCUCGAAGGUCUAAGGCGCGCACGAAGGCCUAAAGGCGCGCCACAACGCGUGCGCGGGUGGAAAGAAUCAACGCGCGAAGACCCAGAGCCCCUCACAAGCUGCGCGAGGGUGGAAAGUAUCAAGGCGCGGAGACUCCGGCGCGUCGUAAGCCACGCGCGUGCUGAGGGGGACGAACGAGUAUCGAGUCACAAAGCCGUAAGGAGUUCCCCUCACACUCCCCGAGGGUCAGCCACGUUGGGAUCAGAGAUACAGUCGUAGGUACACCUCUGACAUGUCCUAGGUAGGGGGAUGGCCUAAAUCCCCGACACGUCAGUGGUCAUGUCAAGGUCAAGGUCCCAUCAUGUAAUCCACCCACUCACCCACCACCAUGUAGCCUAUAAAUAUGGCAUUUACUCCGGUGGGUGAGGGGGAUCGCAUUUUAGCCAUUCCCUCUCUAUGAAUAUCAACUUCUCUCUCUAAAACUAGAAUUCUCUCAAUCUCAUUCCCAAAGUUCCCGACUUUCCCUUUGUUUAGUCUUCUUGACCCACAUAUUUCCCCGAACCUCACUCCUACACUCAGUUAGGUUCAAACAAUUGGCGCCCACCGUGGGGCCAAGAAGAAACGCAGAAGAAAAUCCACCAAUGGCAGAGCGCAACCACGACCAACCAGACGAAGCGACGCCAAUCAAGGCAAUGACCGACCCAAGGGCGUUCGCAGAAGCCAGCGACCUCAACGCGGUGCUCAUCGAAGAAGAGGAGCCCGAGCUGACAUCCAAAGAAAUGAGGGAGCUGAUGACGAAGCAAAACAACGUCAUAGCUGACAUGCAGAAACAAAUGAGCCAAGUCAUCGCGCUCAUGUUGAGCAGGGAGGCCGCGCCAACGGUAGACGCGAUAGCGGUCGCGCCUCAACAAGCCUUGGGAGAAGCGUCGGGAAUCGCCCAACUACCACAACACGCGCCAACGGAAUUCCCCGCGUGCGAAACGCAGGGAAUUGAGCCACCAGGGCGGGUGAACCUCAGCUUCUUAGAGCAACACUUGGCUCCGCAAUACCGACCCAACCCGCCUAAGAGGGUCCUCCACCAGCCGUUGAGCGCGCAAAUAAUGGCGGAGCACCCAAGCGGAGCGCCACCCACCCUCCCAACAUACAACGGCACGACCGACCCAGAAGACCACGUGAGCACCUUCUGCUUGCGCAUGCAACUCCAAACCAACUCCAACGCCGCGCUGUGCAGAACCUUCCCAUCGACGUUCACCGGAAUAUGCCUCGACUGGUAUAACCGGCUCCCGAACGGAAUCAUCCGCUCGUUCGAGGAGUUCAUACUUCUGUUCACAACAAAGUUCGCGUCCCAGAAGCGGCGCCCUCUACACCUCAAGGCCCUGAUAGAUAUCAGGCAAAAGGACGGAGAAAGCCUGAGAGCUUUCUACGCUAGAUGGUCCAGGGUGGCAAUGGCCGUCCGCGACCUUACCCCCGAAACCGCCGCCCAUCACCUCAUGGAGGCCACACUACAAGAAAAAACCCUUUCCGCAACCAUCAAAAAGGGUUGCUGAAGAUCGGAAAAUGGUUGCCGAAACUUUUUGUCAACCAUAAAUGGGGGUCGCCAACAUGGUCGGCAAAAGACCGUCGCCCAAAGCUCUAGGCGACGAUUAUGUUAUAUGGUUGCUAAAAAGAUGUUUUGGGCAACCAUAAUCAAUGGUGGCCAAAUUGUUGCUCCAGCGACUCAUAACAUAUGGUCGCCAAUAGGUUUCUAUGGCUACUACUAGUAAUGGUUGCUUUAAGGUACAAACUUCAGCAACCCUUUGAAUAUGGUUGCAUAAAGGUUGAAAACUACAACAACCUUUCUGAUGGUUGCUGAUUGUUAGACUUCCAUCAACUAUUUGCUUGGGCUGCUAAUGGUGUGUCGCUUCCUGCAACCAACUUGGUAGUCGGCUAUGAUUUGAUCAUUACUGAAAGUAUAAUUUUAGCUAACAAAACAUAAAUUGUAAUAGAUUUGGUUGUUAAUACCUAGAACUUAUAAAGUCCGAACAUUGAAUUUAAUAAUAGUCUCAAACAUUUAAGAAAUAUAUGUAUGAUACUACAAUAAUGUACUUUAAAUUCUUAAGUAAUGAGAAAUUCUCAAUCAUGUGACUAAAAUGCUAAUGGUAGAACACAACAUACAAAACUUCUAACUCUAGUGCAUUGACUAUACAUUAUAAAUAGUAUCAUCAUAAAUAGAAUUCUCGUUACUAAGACAACUCCAAUGGUAGUCCAGCUAUCGGCCAAACAUUCUUCUUCCCAUAGCCGAGACACUUCAUCUGAAGGAUAUAAUACAGAGAGGCAUAAGUAAUAUCUCUUAAGCAAACAACCACAAUAGUUUAAUGCAACGAACCUUACCAAUUUAAAUUUCAAACAACCAGCAUAAGAGGAUACACAGACAAAGGAAAGCUUAAAAAACAGAGAAAAGACCAGAAGAUGGAGAAAAGAGAGAUGCUUGGUGAAACACCUACAAUUAAAAAAUGACAGCACAUAAUUAUUAAUAAUAGCAACAACCAAUGUAAUACAACUCAUUUUCCAUUACUUACAGAAGUUCACAGCAAAUGGAAGCCCUUACAAAUCUCUCCAUAACCGAGCCAUUACACAGCCAUUCUCGACAUUAGUUACCUUUAUACAAACCCAAAUUUGUAACAAUUAUUAUUUGCAAACCAUUAUAUAGCCAUAACUAGAAUGUACACCAAAGUUCAUACAAUGCAAUAGCUAGGAAGGACUGUUGUAAAAGCUUCAGCGAUAGUUUGCAGUGUGUAUCUUAUAGCUAGAUAAUAAAAAAUAUGUUAAUCAAGAGACCAAAUACAAGCAGAUGAUAGCCAUGAUUCUAAAACAAUGGCUGAUUAAAUUCAAUGGAAAUUUCUUGCUCUAGGCAAGAAAAGAAACGACAUAAGGAUUU